CGCGAGUUCUUCCAGGUGUUGGUGCGGAUCCGGGCCGGCGCUGAGAAUGUGGCUCCCAAGCCCAGCUUUAUGGCCAUGCUCAUGAUGGAGGUGGACCAGUUUGUCCUCACUGCCGUCACGCCUGACAUGUUGGCGGCUGAGGAUGCUGAGUCGCCCCCAGACUUACUGCUCUUCAACAUCACCUCGCCCUUCGGCCCUGGCCAGGGGUACAUGGUCAGCACCGAUGACCGGAGCUUGCCCAUUUCCUCCUUCAGCCAGCAGGAUGUGAGGGAGCUGCGCAUUGCCUACCAGCCACCCGCGGAGGACUCGGAUCGGGAGCGGCUCUUUGAGCUUGAGCUGGAGGUGUUGGACCCUGAGGGUGCUGCCUCAGAGCCCUUUGCCUUUGUGAUUGUGGUGAAGCCCAUGAACACCCUGGCGCCUGUGGUGACUCGCAACACCGGCCUUGUGCUCUAUGAAGGGCAGUCACGGCCUCUCUCAGGCCCUGGUCCCAGCCCCAACCUGGUUAUCAGUGAUGAGGAUGACUUGGAGCAGGUGAAGGUGAGCGUGGUGGCAGGGCUCAGGCAUGGCCACCUCACUCUGCUGGAGGAUGCGCCGUUGUCUGCUGUCCCUCGUAAACACUUCACAGUGGCUGAACUGGCAGCCGGACGGGUCAUUUACCAGCAUGAUGGCAGUGAAUCUCCUCUCAGUGACAACCUAGUACUGCGACUGGAGGAUGGUGGCUCCCGCCACCGUGUUGAGUUUCUUUUCCCCAUUACCCUGAUACCCACUGAUGACCAGCCACCACUACUCAAUGCUAACACGGGGCUGGUCGUGGCUGAGGGUGAAACGGUGCCCAUUACCACUCGUGCUCUUAGUGCUACUGACAUAGACUCACUGGAUGCUGUCCUGCUCUUCACAGUGGAGUCUGGCCCAACUGCAGGGCAACUACUCCUCCGUCAAGCCCAGCCACCUCCUGAUUGGGAGACGGAGGAGGAAGAAGAUAAGGCUUUUUCCUGGAGGAGGGUGCCAGGUUUAACAGGGAGCUCCCUAGUCUAUGAAAAGACAGUGAGGGAAUGGCUGCAGCAGGACAUUGUGGAAGGGCGUCUUUAUUACCGCCACCUAGGACCUCACAGCCCUGGACCUGGAAUUGUGUUGGACCAGUUCAUCUUUAGGGUCCAGGAUGACAAUGAUCCACCGAACCGCUCGGGCCCACAAACUUUUGUGAUCCGAGUUCACCCCAUAGACCGAUUAGCCCCAGAGCUACAUAGUGGCAGCAGUCUGCACUUAAUCGUUGCAGAACAGCAGGUGACCCCACUGCGGAGGAAGCACUUGUGCUACACAGAUCAGGAUUCAGGGGACCGUGAGUUGCGCUACAGAAUCAUCCAGCCCCCCACUGACACUAACCACCCUCCAGAUGUACUUGGAUCCCGCCUUGGAUCCCUCGUGCUGACUGAGGAUCACUCUGUGGAAGUGUCCCGCUUCACCCAGGCCCAGAUCAAUCAUCACAAGAUCUCCUAUCGUCCUCCGCAGGAGGAAUUGGGGGUGGCCCCUCACUUGGUUCAGUUCCAGUAUCAGGUAGAGGAUGCAGCUGGCAAUGCAGCUGAAGGGACUUUUACCAUUUACCUGCAGCCUGUGGAUAACCAGCCUCCUGAAAUCACGAAUACUGGCUUUACUGUGCCUGAGGGAGGCAGCCACGUGCUUAGUCAGGCAGAGUUGGAUGCCAGUGAUACAGAUACUGAACUCGCCCAUCUCCGCUUCAUUCUGACCCAGGCUCCCCAGUAUGGUCAGUUGCAGCUCUCUGGGUACGGUUUGAUUCUAGGAACUGCCUUUGGCCUGGAGGAUAUCAGGCAAGGGAGGGUGGUAUAUGUACACAGCGGAGCAGAGGCCAACAGUGAUACUUGCAGUCUCGAUGUGAGCGAUGGGGUUCACGUUGUGCCCAUCACAUUGAAAGUGAAUGUGCAGCCCGUUGAUGAUGAGGUUCCUACCUUACGGUUGCCCCCAGGCACUGUUGGUUCCUACUUGGAUGUGCUGGAAAAUGGUGCCGCUGAAAUCACUGCUAACGUCAUCCAGGGCACAGAUGAGGAUACAGAUGACUUAAUGUUGACCUUCAUUGUAGAGGAUCCUCCUCAGCAUGGGGACAUCCUGGUGCAAGGGGUGCCUGCAGAGAGGUUUUCCCAGAGAGAUCUGUUGGAUGGGGCUGUGGUAUAUGCUCAUACUGGUGGUGAAAUAGGCCUUCUACCCAAAGAAGAUGCUUUCAAUCUUACCUUGUCUGACCUGUCAGAGCAGUGGAGCGUCAGAGGCAAUGUUGUUCAGGGAGUCUCUGUCUUGGUGACUAUUCUCCCUGUUGACAGUCAAGCUCCAGCGAUUUUUGUGGGGCAGCAGUUCAUGGUAACGGAAGGAGACAAACAGCUCAUUACUCCUGCUCACCUAAGGGUUGAGGAUGUGGAUACUCCCUAUGAUGAUAUACUCUGUACCAUUGUUGCUCAGCCCACGUCUGGAUAUGUAGAGAACAUUUCUCCAGCCCCAGGCUCUGAAAGGUCCAGAGCAGGUACGGCUAUAAGUGCGUUUACCUUGAAAGACCUCCGUCAAGGUCAUAUUUUUUACGUCCAAAGCAUACAUAGAGGUGUGGAGCCUGUUGAAGACAGAUUCACUUUCCGCUGUUCUGAUGGCAUUAACUUUUCUCAGAGGCACUUCUUCCCCAUUGUCAUUACUCCAUCCAAUGAUGAAGAGCCUGAAAUCUUUAUGCGUGAGUUUGUUGUGAUGGAAGGCAUGAGCCUCGUUAUUGAUACCCCUAUCCUCAAUGCCGUUGAUGGGGACGUUGCUGCUGAUAACUUAAUGUUCACAAUCACCAGGUUUCCCAGGCAUGGCCACAUUGUGAACCAGCUGGUCAAUGGAACUGUCCUAGUGGAGAGCUUCUCCGUGGAUCAGAUAACGGAGAGCUCUAGCAUCCUUUAUGAACACGAUGACUCUGAGACAAAGGAGGAUGUUUUUGACGUGAAACUCACAGAUGGUAAAUACAGCGUAAUGAAAAGGAUAUUCAUCAUGAUUAUUCCUGUAGAUGAUGAGACACCCAGAAUGGCCAUCAAUGACGGUUUGGAGAUCGAAAUAGGGGAAACUAGAACUAUUCAUAACAGAAUAUUGAAGGCUACUGACUUAGACUCUGAAGACAAAACUUUGACAUACAUCAUAAGAUACGGGCCAGGACAUGGCCUCUUACAGAGAAUAAAACCUUCAGGAGGAGUUGAGAAUAUCACAGUGGGGAUGAAUUUCACCCAGGACGAGGUGGAUAGAAACUUCAUUCAGUAUAUGCAUUUUGGACGAGAAGGAGUUCGUGACCUUAUCAAAUUUGAUGUGACGGAUGGAAUAAAUCCUCUCAUUGACCGCUACUUUUAUGUGACUGUAAGUAGCAUUGACAUUGUCUUCCCAGAUGUAAUCAGCAAAGGGGUUUCCUUGAAGGAAGGAGGUAAGGUAACCCUUACUACUGAUUUGCUUAGCACGAGUGACUUGAAUAGUCCAGAUGAGAACUUAGUUUUCACCAUUACCAGAGCACCUGUUCGUGGUCAUCUUGAAUGUACAGAUCAGCCUGGGAUGCCCAUCUCCACUUUCACUCAGCUUUUGUUAGCAGGUAAUAAAAUUUACUACAUUCACACUUCAGAAGAUGAGGUGAAAAUGGACAGCUUUGAGUUCGAGGUGACUGAUGGCUAUAACCCUGUUUUUCGUACUUUCAGAAUUUCAAUUAGUGACGUGGACAAUAAGAAACCUGUGGUCACAGUGCAUAAGCUGGUGGUGAGUGAAAAUGAAAACAAACUGAUAACCCCUUUUGAACUGACAGUAGAGGACAGAGAUACACCUGAUGCAUUUCUAAAAUUCAUCAUCACUCAAGUACCAGUUCAUGGUCAAAUCAUGUUCAAUAACUCCAAACCAGUCACCACCUUCACGAAACAAGAUCUGAAUGAAAAUCUAAUCAGCUACACCCAUGAUGGCACAGAAUCAGUCGAGGAUAGUUUCUCUUUCACUGUUACAGAUGGCACUCAUACUGAUUUCUAUGUCUUUCCCAACACUGUUUUUGAGACAAGGAAACCUCAGACUAUGAAGAUUCAGAUAAUGGCUGUGGACAACAAUGUGCCUCAAAUUGUAAUAAACAAGGGUGCACUAACCCUCCGUAUUCUGGCCACAGGUCACACAGGGUUUCUGAUCACCAACAAGGUACUCAAAGUAGAAGACAGAGACAGUUUACACAAUGCUCUCAAGAUCAGAAUCACAGAGGGUCCUCGCCAUGGCUUCCUGAUCCACCUGGGGAAAGGCAACCAUAGCAUCAGCCAGUUCACCCAAGCUGAUAUUGAUGAUAUGAAAAUAUGCUAUGUUUUACGAGCAGGUGACAAUGCCACCAGUGACAUUUUCCAUUUUAUGGUUGAAGAUAGUG